GCGAGGAGGGAGAGAUAGCAGGGGAGGAAUGGAAAAAAGGAGACAGCAGCCACAGAAACUGUUUCUGUGGCCUUUAACCACCGAGUGAGCUGUAACUGGAGUGAGUGGCCGGGUGAGCCGGAGCUUCACUUUACAUUAGCUGACGGUAAGCUGAUCAUGUAAGAACAAUAACAGAAAAAAGAAACUUCACCGUUGUUGCUACCGCUGUCAGUAAACGUCAUUUCAAAGCUCUUGAUGGCUGUUACAAAGGCUGUGCUCCCUUCCUUCAGCUCCUUCUCCAGCCUUGCUCACUCCAGUGACAAUAUGAAAGUGUGGAAGUCUGAGGGUGACUCUCUUCCUAUGGACACUCUGAGCAGCAAACUGUCACCGAUCAGCUCUGAGCAGCUGCUUGUCUCUCAGCAAAUGACAGAGAAGCUAUUGGAUGAUGACAGCAGAGCAUCUUGGGACAUUGAGUUCCUGCUGUCUGAGUGGAACAGCCCAUCGCCUGAGCUCAAUCCCUCUCUGGACAACAAUGACCAGCAGUUCCCACAGUUUGAGCAAAACACAGCAUACCAAGAGGCGAGCAUGUUUAAGGACCAACCAAGACAGGAACGAGUGCAGGUGAACAGUGGCAGCCUCAUGGCUGAGCUCCUGUCCCCUCCUGAACCCACAGUGUCAGUUCAGCCAGAGAUGUACCACCAUGGUUACAAUGAUCACCAAACAGGUCGGACUUCAUUUCCCACUCUACCCAACGUAGAUCAGUUUGGCUUCCCCCAAGGAAGCAGAGGAAACCACAAUAAAGUCACAACGUGGGACUUCACCCCUUACUGUCCCCAGCAGCAGCCCUCCAUGGUGACCUUCUCUGACAACAGGUUCAUCCCAAAUCAAGCUGUGACCCCCGAGCCCCGACACUACAGCUACAUGCCCCACUUUAACCACAAUGCCAACAUUUUCUGUGACUACACUCCCAGCCAGGCCUCUGGUCAUCUGCCCCUUCACCAGCAGCCCCUGCUGGUUGGACCCCAACUGCCCCAUGCUGGGAUGGAGGGGAAGCGUGGUCGAAGGGCCAUGGGGAAAAAGAGGCCUGCCAUCCACAGCUGUGAAUACCCCGGCUGCAGCAAGACCUACACCAAGAGCUCACACCUCAAGGCUCACCUCCGCACCCACACAGGAGAAAAGCCUUACCACUGCUCAUGGGAGGGCUGCAGCUGGAAAUUUGCCCGCUCAGACGAGCUGACACGUCACUACCGCAAGCACUCGGGUCAAAAACCCUACAAGUGCCUGCUGUGUCAAAGAGCCUUCUCCCGCUCCGACCAUCUGGCUCUGCACAUGAAGAGACACACCUGAAGCUCCCUCCCUCAUGCACACACAAACCACUGGCAUUUAAACAAAGAAAUUAAAAGGCAGACAACUUAAUGACUCAGAAAUAGUUCUUCUUCUGAUUCAAAUCAGCACACUGAGCAAGUGCAUAUGAAUGGACGCAUAUAUUAACAUAUUCUCAGUAACCUGAAGUGUGUACUUCAUUAUCUGGAUGGUUAAAAAUAUGGGCACACAGUUAGAUUUGAAAAGUGACAACACAACCAGUGAUGUUUGCCACCAUAAAUUAUUGAGAACAGGCAUCCUGGUGGACGUUAUUCAAUAUUGUUAUUGUCUGGUUUCUUGACCAUUUUUGGUUUGGUGCAAAGCAGAAAUGACACAAAUCUCAUUCAAAAGUUUUCAACAAAUGGAAUACUCUCUCAGUUCAGAUUCCGAUGUGUUAUCCUAGAAGCAGCUAAUGUUGCCUCAAGUAAAGAUGAGCAUCAGGCUGCAGGGGUCUGCUCUGUUCACUUCUUUCUAGAUCUACACCUCCAGCUUUUAGCUCAGCUCCAACCAACACCGACUCUAAGCACUCGGGUCAAAAACCCUACAAGUGCCUUGAGGCAGUUUAUCAUGUUGUGUCACAAAAGGCUUCAUAUAGCUAUUUCCCCACCAGUGCAACAGUCCUCCCCAAGGCCUUUAAACACACUUUUAUGUGUAUAACUGGCAGACUUCUUCUUUAAUGUGACAGUGUAGGCUUGUUUUUAAUUAGCUCCAGUUUAGAAUAUAUGUACUCAGAUUAGUUUAUUGGACAUCAACAUCGACAACGAAGCUGUUGGAAUAAGUUUUUCUCAUUCUCUCUUCAACCCUGACACACACGCAUACAUGUAAACUUUGAGGACCUCCAUUAAGUGUAAAGAUUUCUCUAUUCUUAAACCUUAACCAUCAGAGCCAUGUCUGACCUCAGUCCUCAUCAUAUAAGCUAUAUCUAAAUAUAAUUGUAAUCCUAAAACCGAAGACUUAGUUCUUACUCGACUAACUGACAAAGAAAGGACCAAAAUGCCCUCACUCUGAAAGUCUGAACAUUAAACUGGUCUUCUACAGACCAGUACAAGAACUCACUAUCAAGAUGUAAAGUUAAGGCGCUUUCUGCAACAAGAGCCGCUCAGGAACACAAUGUACACAAGGUGGGCAGUAGACAGCAGACGUAAACACUAACAAAAGACCUGCCAAAAACGUGUGUAACAGAAGUUAUAGUUGUGUAUCCAGCAUGGCUCACUUACUGCUUAGCUGUAUCGUCACAGAGAUGAGCUGAUAUCUUUGUCUGAUUUUUCUUGCGAGCAAGAACAUUACCACCGAAUAAUGAUUGUAAAUUGAAGUAAAUUAUUAUACAGCAAAUGUGGAGUUUUUUUUUUUAUUUUGUCUUUUUGUUUGAGAUUUUAAUUUAAGAUAAACAUGUAUACUUUUGUUUUCAUCAAGAGGAAUUUAAAGCUGUAAAUAAUCUGCAUCUUUCCCAGUAGUUUGUCACAAUCUCAAAAUGGUGGCAUAUUUAUUAACGCAAUCUGUUAUAUCAACAGAAGAUACUAUAUUAUUGUAUAGUUUUUCUAUUGUCAAUAGAGUGCUUUAAAGUUGUUUAAUUAUUGCUUCUAUUGUCAUAAUUCCA